AGCACACGGAUGGAACCCACUUUUUUUUUUUUUUUUAAAUGUGUUGCUUUUCAAUUGGUUGGAGUUAGUAAUUGGUGGACCCACAUGAGUGGAUGUGAGUACAAGUGAUUAUUUGCUUUGUUGAGAAGAGGUUGCACUGGUGUGCCCCGUUUGUUAAUAAAAUAUAAAUAUCAUAUAAAAUAAUUGGAAAUUUUAUAAUGCACCCCUUAAAAGGGAUACACUGAUACAUCUCUAUCUGUUUUAGUAUCUGAAAUAAUUUUUUGGUCAAAUUUUUUCUUAUGCUCAUGUAAAUUAUACUUAUUUAAGACAUUCUGCAAAAAUUUUAAAAAAUUCAGAAAAGUUUAACACGUCAAAAAUUGUGUUCAAGCAAUGUGUUGCACGCGUGACAAUUUUAUUUUAUACGCGUGUAAAAUAGACUGUUUGAAUAUUGUUUUCUGUGUUGUAAAUUAUUCCGAAUUUCUUAAAAUUUUGUAGGAUAUCUUAAAUAGCUAUAACAUAUGUGAAUAUAAAAAAAAAAUUAGACUAAUUUUUUCUUGAAUGUCGAAACAAGUAGAUGGUGCAUCAGUACAUCCCUUUUAAGGGGUACAUUCUAGAAUCACCCUAAAAUAAUAAUAUAUCAUACAAAUACAACAAAAUUUAUAUACCAAUAACUUACAACAAUUUAUAAAAUAUUAAAAAAAAAAAUCGACAUAACUUUAAAAUAAAUAAGAUUUUAACAAAAUUAAUAUAGAUAUAUCAUAAUAUAUAAGUAAUUUAUUUUCAAUUUUAAAAAAAACAGAAAAAAAAUUAUUGAUUUUUUUAUAUAACAAAAGACCAUAUAAAUAAUAAAUAGUGUAAAUUUUUUUUUUUUUAAGUUUUGAAAUUAGGACAUUUACUUACAUAGUGCUAUAUAGUGCUAUGAUUUGAGGUCAUUUGCUAUAAAUUUUUUUUUAGAAAACUUACAAAUAUACCGACUUUUUCCUUAAUCUUUACAAAAAUACUGCCACACGGCAGAAAUUUCUUUUAUACUGUCUAGGCCCAAUUUUUUUUUCUUUUAUACUGCCCAUGUCUAUUUUUUUUCUUUUGUACUGUGAACAGUAACAAGGGACAAACGACGCCUCCUUCUUCGUGGGGAACGGACAGAGCAACAACACAACACCUGCUGUAAUCCCAAAUAUCACAUUCACAACAACACCAUAUCAAGAAAAUGUGGCAAUGCUUGAAAAUAAUACAGCAACAACAGAAUCAUACACACUCGAACACCAAUCAGAAGAAGGAGGAGAGUCAGAAACAAGAGAAUUUGAGAACGUCAAAUUCGACAUAGUUGACUAUACGAAUCUGGUUGCUGAAGACAUGGUAGAAAAACAUGAAAACAACAAUAAAAAACUAGAUCCAAAAAUCGACAUCAACAACGCGAAGCUAAUAACAGACAAACACCACCCAGAAGUUGAAAAAGGUUAGGCAUACAAAGACAAGGAAACACUGAAGAAUGUCCUCAGCUACUACGCAAUCAUAAACAACUUCCAAUACAGUUUUUGAAAACAUAUUUAAUUGGGUUUCAGUAAGAGUUUUUUUUUUUUUUUAAUAUCUUCAAUAACAGAGUAAUAACCAGAGGUUAUAAAUCUGGAAUAGUAGUAUUCCGAUCGGGUGUUCUUGGAUUCCCAAUCCUAUAAAAAAAUUAUAAGAAAACACUACUAAAACAAAACUAAAAUAACAAAAAAAAUAAAUAAAAUAAAGAACAUAAAAAACAAGCAUAAAAAAAUAUUAGAACUAAAAUAAUGAAAUGACACACCCUAACAACCCUUUUUCCAAUUAUGUCUUCAAACAGAUCAGUUGAUUGAACAAUCUUCACUUGGUACUUACCAUUUCCCUAAGAGUUAACAAAACAAAACUAAAACAACAACAAGACACAGAGUCAAACAAACAGAAAAUCAUAAAAUAGGAGGACUAACAAAAAAAACAUGCAAAAAGAAAAAAAAAAUGGUAAAUAAUAAUAUAAUCAACUUGAGAAAAACCUUAAAACAACACAAGAUCAAUAGAAAAAAAAAACCUUAUCAGAUUUGGGAGACUUUGGAACUCUGCUCCAACUCAAAAUCAGAGUCGGAGUUCUCCAACACAAAUCGAGGGUAUUUUGAUUUAGUGUUCUUCAAAGUACCAACACCUAGUUUUCUUUUAGCAGGAACUAGGGAAGUAGGGCUAGUAGGAUUAUCUUUCAAACUCUUCUUGUCCAUUGAUGCUCGUGUUUUAUUUUUCUGAGGUUGUUUUGGGGACUUUUUGGCAACAAGGGAGGAAGAUCGGGUAGCAACCAUUGUUAAUGAGGAAAAUCAAUAUUUAUAGAAGAAUUCCAACCAAAAAAGUAGAAAAUAUAUAGGAAAGUUUAAGAUGAAAAAAAAUCAAUCAAUAUAUCAAUAUAAAAGAGAAGUAUAUGGCGGUGACGUGGCGCUUCAAAAUCUUUCUAAUUAGUUUUAUUUGCUCUCUCCUUAAUUCUCUCAUUGUUUUAAUUUUUUAUUAACUUUAUAAAUAAAUAUUCAUUAAUUAAAUCAUAUACAAAUUAAAAACUCAAUAUUUAUAUACAAUAUUUAGUUAUUAAGUUUACGUAAUAUAAAAAGUUUAAGUUUAAGUGUACCUAAUAUAGCUUUUUUUUCUCUCUCUCUCUUUUUUUUUUUUCCUAAAUGCAUAUUAAUUUUCAUUUAUUAGUAUAAAUAUCUACUUAAUAAUUUAUUUAAAUUUCUUAAACUACAAAAUCUUAAACCUAAUUAUUUUUCAUGCAAUGUUUCUCUCAACUCUCUAACAAUACACAAGUCCAUUAUUAAUCUUUUUAUAUUAUUAUUCCUCAAAUUUUUUUAUAGUCACCUUUCUUUUUCUAAUUUUAUACUUUUUACUAAUUUUGUUUAGUUAUCCGUAGAUUUAUAUGUUCAUUGUUAUUUUUUUUUCUUUUUCUUUUAAAAAAUUAUUCAUAUUAUUAAUUUUGAUUGAUAAUGAUCAUGAAAAGGUCAAUGUUAAGUGUAUUAGUAGUAUUAUGUGAUUAGUCCCUUUCUAUUUUAAUUUUGUCUAUUAUGAUAUAUGAAAAGGUCACCCAUAUUGCAUUAUAUUUUGGGAAAUUUCAUUAAUUGACCCUAAUAAAAUACCCCAUUUCAAAAUUUAUACCCUCCACUAAUUUAUACAAAUUAAUUCCACUAUUACUCAUUUCUACCCAAAAUACCCCUCAAAUUUAAUUUUCCUAUUCUCUCUCUCUCUCUUUCCGUCUUUCCCUCUCUCUUUCUCUCUCUAUCGUUUGCUAUUCGAACGCUGCCCCACGACGACGACCCAACGACCCAACAACGCAGUCCACGACCACGACCCCACUCCGGCCACCCACCCACGACCCUGACCCAACCCUCUCUCUAUCUACUGUUCUCUUUCUCUCUUUCUCUCUUUCUCUGUCUAUUGUUCUCGACAUUGGAACCCAACCCACCCACACCCACGGCCGACAUUGGAACCCAACAAAUUUUCAGAGAAACCACCACGAACUGUCGCCACCACCAAGGUCCGUGUUCGUCGAAACAGAACAGAGGUCGUAGCCACCAAAACCACGAACAGUCAAAGAUGGCUCCCAAACUCAUUAUUCCAGCACCCGAGCAUUUUACUGGCCGCGUCACAUAUAGAGGCACUGGAAUUUUUGCAAAAAUCAAAGCUCGGUUUGAGGAGUUCAACCUUAAUAACACGGCGAAGGAAAGCCGUUUCGGGAGCUUCUGGAAUGUCGUACCCUUGACAUUCUCCUCGGUGUUAUUUCACCAGCUGAUGCUCCACAAAAUGAAAGUGGAUGCUCAGGAGGAGUUGAGGAUGCGGUUUUACGUUGGUCGGAAGGAGGUCAGAUUCGGGGUGCUGGAGUUUGCACUCAUUACAGGCCUGGACUUCUCCUCGGGGCCAACAGAAGAGGAGAAGGCUGCGCAGGUCGCGCGCUCGGGGUCAGACCGAUUGAUCAACAAAUAUUUCAACCGGUCUGAUAGUGUGAAGACAGAAGCACUCCAAGAUAGGUUCACAAACUGUCAGAACCCGGAAGACUUGUACAAGCUCGGCUUGUGCUUGUUUGUGGAGUCAGUGCUUUUGGGCCUCGAGGCAAACGCGCUGAUUACGCCUCACAUACUUAGAUAUGUGGAAGACCUCGAGUUCUUCUUCCAGAUUCCUUGGGGGAAGCACUCAUUCGCCAGACUCAUGCACUCGCUUCAAAAAGACAUGUUGAAACAGAAGGCCAACUACGAGAAGAAGCUGAGUUCGGAUGUUCAGCACGAGUGCAAAUACACAGCAUAUGGCUUCGCACCUGCAGUACAAUAUUGGGCGUACGAGGCCAUUUUGGAGGUUGGGAAGAGGUAUGGCACGAACCACGGGAUUCGGUUCCCUAGGAUGCUUAGCUGGACGAGUAAAGGCGAUAUUGGGAAGAAAGACGUCAGCGCAUUAUUUUCUAGACGGGUAUGAUUUUCACUUAUGUUCAGAAUAAUUAUUUAACAUAAAUGCUUGUAAUAAAUGCUAAAUGGUUUUAUUUUGAUAUUUUUUGAACCAUAAACAGAAUCUUGAAGUGGUGAAGGGGCUACUUCCACGGACAGAGGAGGAGGCAUUUUGUGAGGACCAUAUCGUACGAUGGUGUGGAGAACCUGG